AUUUGCAUUAAAAAAAAAUUCAUUAUCAAAGUGACAGCUGAAUUGAAAGGCUCUAGUGCAUAUUCAAUAACUGAUGAUGUCUUUUCAACGAUUUCCAUGCGAUUAUAAUGUUCUUAAUUAGAAAAACUGGGGGAACAAAAAUUUUGUGUUGUUACAUAUCGAUGUCUCGGACAUAUCAGACGCAAUCGAUUGACAUGAGUGUCGAUUUAUCGAUGAAUAAAUAAAAAAACAAGUGUUUUAAACUGCUGAAUACACGAGACUUGAAAAAAAAAUUGCAAAAAAUCGGAAUUUUUGAUUUUUUCGAGUGCUAAUUCGACGACUUGUUGAUUCAACGAAGAUAUCGAGACAAAGUUUACAGUCAGCUAUCAAUGACAUGCCAAUACCUCCAUCAGGAGUGAUCACCACCUCCUGUGUCUCCCAAAAUUGAAUAAAAACGAAGGGAAAAUCGAGUGAAGUCAAUAUGCAGGGGUAUGGAAAGAUCAUGGUUAUGCUGGUUAUCCUGGUAAACCUGGAGGCAGCAAACGGAAAUCAAUGUCUCAAGAAUUAUCCAGACGUUAAAGCCCAACGAACAGCCUACAUGGACGGCCAAUCCUUGCCGAUCACCCUGGAGUUGACUCACCGAGUAACCCAGAGACUAGUCACCAGAAUCAUGAAAAUAUUUUUGACUGAAGUCCUGGGUUAUGCUGGAGUAACUCUAGUAAAUCUGGACGACAAAUUCACCGCAACAAAUGUUUUCAUUCGGAUGUCAGAUACUGAUUCCACUGGCCGGAGACACAUUCCCGAGACGAUGGUAAACAUGGAAGUGUGGAUUCCACCGCAGAAUGAUGCGACACUACUUCAGAAUAGAUUUGGUGUAAAGGAAUGUGGGGCGAUAACGUACCCCGGGAGAUUUGGUUGGUUUGUUCCCGAGGAAUUGAGUGAAUUUGGUGAUAAUUGGAAGACCUUCACCGAUAGAAAGUCAGCAGAACGUUUCUCCAUUGACAGUAGUACUCUCCAACGUAUUCGAAAGACCGCCAUUGAUCCAAAAACUGGGAAAUAUUACUGUGACAGGGCCUUUUGUAUCCAGGGAAUGUACAUUCCUGACUACUGCAAAUCAGAGAAACCAUGUGCUCUUCUAUUCACCACCGAAGUUAAUGUCACGGAUAUUGUGAAGGAGCACAUUGACCAGUUGAAGUUGUAUGUGAAGGUCAUCUGGCUCGGUCCAAAUCUCCGGGAAGUGACAACAUCACUGACAGAAAAAUACAGGGCCUGGAAUAAAAAUCUUGUAAACUCCAAGAAAUCUUUGGUGAUUCUUCACUGGACCCCCAGCGAGGUCAUCCCCAACGAGCGUAAAUUCACAGCCAUUGACUUUCCCAGGCAGUGCUUCAGCAAAGAAUUCUCUGUUGGCUGCAUCUACGAGACGAAUCAGUUGGUAAAGCUCGCGUGGUCGAGGCUGGCAGUUGUUGCCAAACCGGCAUGGCAGGCUAUCAAUCGGGCCCAAUUCUCCUCCGGAAUGUAUCAGGACUUGAUAAAUCACUACAACAUGUUGUCGAGCAAUGAAACUGAAGAUGAUGUCGCCUGCAGGUGGUUACAAAAAAAUUUGAAUUACACAUUGUGGAAGUGGGUGCAAAACAGUGUUGACAAGGAUGCACUUUACAUCGGAGGGAUAUUUCCGAUGACAGGGCGGCAUUUCACUGCUAAAUCUGUUCUGGUAGCUACCAAGAUGGCCAACGAUGCCAUAAACGCAAAUGAAACUAUUCUCCCUAAUCACAACAUCGUUCUUCAUGCCAGUGAUGGACAGUGUCAGGCAGACCUGGUGAUGAAGUCAUUUAUUGACUUAAUUUUGCAUAAUCACUACGAGAGGCUGAUUGGAGUUCUUGGUCCAGCUUGUUCGAAUACGGUGGAGACACUGGUGGGUGUCUCCAAGCAUUAUCGAACCAUCAUCAUAAGCUAUGGUGCUGAAGGCUCGAGCUCCACUGGCCACUCCUCGUCUCCCUAUUUCUAUCGAACAGUUGGCAUUAACAAAGAGUAUCGAUUUGUUUACAUGAAAUUUAUGAAACAAUUUGGGUGGAAACGAGUUGCUGCUAUAACUGAGGAUGGACAAAAAUAUACUGAGUAUCUGUCCUACAUGCAGGACUAUCUGAGAGAUAAUGGAAUCAGUUUGAUUGCUAAUAUGAAGUUUCCCAAGGAGAGAAAAGGGAGUUUGAUGACGCAGUAUCUCAAGGAUCUUAAAGAUCAACGUGUUCGUAUCAUUAUUGCUGAUGUGUUUGAUAGUGUCUGCAGGGAGGUCAUGUGUCAGGCGUUUAAAUUGAGGAUGACACAGCCCCAGGGCUACAUAUGGUUCCUCCCUCUCUGGCUGAAUUCUAACUGGUAUGACACAGACUAUCACAACAAAGUCCACAAUGAAAAGGUCCCCUGUACAACAGAGGAGAUGUUGCUGGCAAUAAAUGGUCAUUUCCAAAUUUUUCAUGCGCUUUAUGCGCCUGAUGAUGACAUCAUGCAGACGGGAUCAACCGUUGGCAAAUGGCGACGGGAAUACGAGGACAUAUGCCGAAAGACCCAUCAGGUACCAUCGCCGUAUGCUGGUUAUGCUUACGAUGCGAUGUGGACAUACGCUUAUGCUAUGGAUCGUCUCAUCAACGAGAAUGAAUCUUACGUGUUUGAUCUUCACUCAGAGAAAACGGCCAAAAGAUUGGCGAAGAUCAUCUCCGAGAGUGACUUCAAUGGGGUAUCUGGAAACGUAAGAUUCUACGGCGCUUCACGUCUCACAGUUAUGAAAGUUCGUCAACGAGUGAACAACGUAAUUCAAACAAUUGGCACAUUUUACCCAGAAGUGUCAUUUGAAAAGGAAGAGGUCAUCGGUGGAAAUUUAACUGUCAAUCUAUCAGCAAUCGUAUGGCAGGCCAGUUCAACGCCUGAUGAUGGUACAGAGGUACCGGAGGCUUGCCUCCUAGGACUUCUACCAGACGCCCUAAACAUCUCCUGCACAAUCGCCCUAAUACUUGUCAAUAUUCUAGCUGUCGCAUCUCUGACGAUUCCCCUCAUAACCGCUUUUGUAACCCUGAAGAGGAAGUACGCCAACAAAGUUGAGGAGCAAAGAAAAGUGAUGGCGUCAUUUGGUCUCAACAUAAAUCAAUCAACGUCUGCCUGGGACGACUGGGAAAUACCACGAGAUCGUGUUGUCAUCAAUCGUAGGCUUGGUGAAGGUGCUUUUGGUACGGUAUACGGUGGUGAGGCCUUCUUCCCAGACAGGGGAUGGCGAGCUGUUGCUGUUAAAACUCUAAAAUCCACCAGCACAACUGAUGAUAAGCUGGAUUUUCUCGGUGAAGUUGAAGUUAUGAAGAGAUUUCAGCACAAAAAUAUCGUCAAACUGUUUGCUGUCUGCAUCAAAGCACCACCAGUGCUGACGGUAAUGGAGUAUAUGCUGUAUGGUGAUCUGAAGACUUAUCUACUGGCCAGGAGGCACAUGGUCGAUGAUCAGGAGUUUGAAGAGUCUGAUGAAGUAUCGAAUGAGAGGCUCACGGGAAUGGCGAUGGACGUGGCAAGAGGUUUGAGUUAUUUAGCUCAGAAGAAAUACAUUCAUCGAGAUCUGGCGUCUCGUAAUUGUCUCGUUAAUGCCCAACGAGUCGUGAAACUCGGGGACUUCGGUAUGACUCGGUCAAUGUAUCAAAAUGAUUACUACAAGUUCAACAGGAAGGGAAUGUUGCCGGUUCGUUGGAUGUCACCAGAGUCCCUCAGCCUCGGUGUCUUCACCCCAGCAUCUGACGUCUGGUCCUACGGUGUUCUCCUCUUCGAGAUCAUCACAUUUGGGAAUUUUCCCUUCCAAGGGAUGACCAACAAUGAAGUUUUGGCGUAUGUCAUGUUGGGGAAUUGUUUGGAGAUUCCGAAGAGGAUAGAUCCUCUCCUGGCACAAUUGAUCAAGUCCUGUUGGAUGAUUGAUUCUACCAGGAGGCCAACUGCUCCUGAAAUCCUUGACUAUCUGGCGAAUCACCCGGAGCUCGUCAGCCCCUGCCUGGAUCAGCCGGCUGCCAGUGUUCAGCCGGAGGAUCCUGCGCAGGGGAAAGUGACUCGACGUGACAACAUCAGUCUGCCACUCCCGAUGUCCUGGUCAGUGUCUAGGAGACAUGAACUCAGUACACUGUACGCUAAUAACAGGGGAUCCGAUCCAACUAAUGCACCACUUCUGGAAGCUGGUCCUAGCACUAGUAAUAUGAGUUCCAACGUCGGCCUACGGGACCGCUCGACACCGCAUGUCGUUGCUGGGCCUUCGAGAGCUUUUCAAUCGAACGAUAUUCAAUCUGAAGACAUUUCACGGUAUAUAAAUCUUCAAUCAGCUGAAAUUCAAGUUCACCAGGGGGAGGGCAUUCCCAUGGAGGAGCUGAACACUGACGGUACUCGUAGACAAAGGGAGUGACUGAAGGAUUUGAGUACAAAAUGACUUUAUUUAAAUAAUGUAGGACUCGACUGAGGUGACAGGACUCGUGGGGUCUUUAUUCUCACGAAUUCGAUGGUGAAAGCGUCGAGGAUGGGGUACAGGGCGUGUUGAGGACUGGAAAUCCUCUGGAGUUUAUUAUUCUUUGAGGAUGUCUAUGUGGGAUGGUAAACUAUUAAAAAUUUAUUGAUAUUUCCGUCACAAUGGCAUCUGGAGACUCGAAAUUGGAGAUUUGAGUUCAGCUCAAGGUGAAUUCAGUCGUGAUAUUGUUUAUUUAUUUUCAAAAUUCAGUGAAACGUGGAUUUUUAGUUUAAAUAAUUAUUGUUUUUCAAUGAGACCUGAGUUUAGAAGAUCAGGUUUGAAUAUUGAACGUUUCAGACUGAAAAUCGAAAAAGAAUUCUCCGAAUUUGAAGUUUCCCCCCCUUUUUUUGCUCAAUGUCGGUGCGUUUUGGAAGUAAUUAUUGUUUAAACAAUUGAACCUUUAUUUUUGGGAUUUUAUUCGCGUGGAAUUUGUUAAUAAGACGAUAAUGUCACUGUACGGGUGACUUUAUUAUUGAUUAAUUAUUUUUCAUGGAAUGGCCUAUUAAUAGAUAGGAAUUUCGUCAUUAAGGGAAACGUAAUUACGGUAAUGAAUAUUCUAUUGCAUACCCCGACUGAGGAGUAAAUAUUUUUCGGUGAGGACUUGUGGAUGAUGACCUUGAAUUCGGUUUAAAGGGAAACGAUCACUAUAAUUUCAAAUUGAACAAACGUCGGGACUAUCGGUAUCUCAUUUAAUUUUCAACUUUAAAUCAUAAUUAAUGUAAUUAGAGCGCGUUUGAUCUCGUAAUAUAAACAACGCAGUACCAUAUCAUCCCCGUCGGCCAAUGUAUAUAGUAUUUUUUGACUUAUCGACCCUCCUCGUAAUACAAACAAUUAAAUAAUCAUUAAUUUGCGAAUUUGAAAAUUAGGGGGCACGCGAACUGAUACUUAAGUGGGGCUUAAACUCAUUUCGCCACUUAGUUGGACUGGUGCUACGCUAAUUACCAUAUGGAAGGACAUUUUUCGGUGAAAAUUACGUUACGAAGUUUCGGAAAUUUACUUUGGUUCAUUUAUCCGGGAUUUAUCCUCUCGAUUUGCACUCGUGAAGCCCUUAACUCGUUUGGAAAUAAUUACAAGUCAUGUAGACAUCUAGAUAAUUUUUAUUUAGCAGUCAAUAAAUAAUUAUGUACGCGUCCACAUGAUUUUUAUCGAGUGCAUAAUGAAAAAUGUGAGAGUGCGCCCUUUCGAUUUUAUCUCUUCCCUUCGUGGAAAAUUGCCAAAAAAUCAUGAGCCCGAUCUCCAACUUGACAUUUUGAGCUCUAUCUCGGAAUCUAAGGGAGAUAGCGAAUUUUUUGUAGAGACGUUUUUUGUAGAACUCAAUUUGCUCCGCAAAAAAGGUUCUGAUGAAAAUUUCGUUAUCUUCCCUAGAUUCCGAGUUAAUAAUUAAAAACUGGCGGAUAAUCAGCAGUUACUCACUUCAUUUAAUCACUUCGCUACUCAUUUCUCGCGGAUUACGUUAAUAAUUCCGUAAUUUCAUCGAAUAUUUAUCUUCGAGUCGAUGUUUGCAACAGUAAUUGUUCAUAUGACGUUGAAACCCUAACGAGACCAAAUUUUCAAUCCAAAUUUUCAACAGUUUACCCCAUUUAAACGGUAAAGAGAGCGGGAUAGAAAGUUGUGGAUCUCUCGAUCCUUGAAAAUAUCGAUAUAUCAACUUCCAAUCACUGCAAUUAUUCGAUUGCAGUACGUCCCACAUAUCUAUCCUCAAUAUAACAAUCUCAUAAACAAAAAAUUUGCGGUUUAUCGAGCACUCGAUGAGUGAUAGUAAAUUGGAUUUGAAAGCUCACGAGAUUUUUUAAAUCGACAAAUGAAUAAUGCGAUUGUGAUUGAGAUAAUGAAUCUGAACGAUGUCUUAGAUUGUAUUUAGCGAUAUGAUGUGAAACACUGCUUGAGAUCGAAUCGAAAUGUCUCGAAAAGUGGAGCGUGAGCAUCACAGGUGAACCUUCAUUGUCGCCUGGGACAGCUUUCACUGAAGAACAAUUUAUAUUUUUGUUAAUUCAAUAAUUUUUUAUUAACAUGGGUUACAUUAUUUACGAUGUACAUUCUAGUCAAUACAAUCGUCUGGUAAAAUAAUAUAAUUAACGAAUGAGUGAUGGGCUUUUGAUUGUGAUCGACUCAGUGAACGAAUGAUGUUAUAAAAUUGAUAUUUAUUUUUUAUUAUUUAAUAAUGUUUUACCGUAAAUUGACUUCUGUGAUGGUACGAUAUUUAAUUGUGAGGAUGGAGGGGAAUAUGUUAGUUAGUUUAGUACGAAGUAUUAUUACUUGACAUUUUUUAUUCUACAGAAAGAAAAUAAAAUUCAUUAUUCAUGUUUAA